AUGAUGACCCGGUUGCAUUGCAACACGACCCAGCGAAGACCAUUCGUCAAUUUCCUUCCUACAGCUUUCUUCAAUUCUUCUUUCGUAUUAGACAAUUAGAAGAGUUCAGUCUUUCACUGACAGAUGGUAGUAGUAGACUCUACUCAUUGUGCUUUGGGAGUGAGAAUGCAGAACGAGGUGGCCUCUAAUGGAGGAGAAGAAAGCUCUCAAAAGGAAGGUCACCAAAUCAUGGAUCCCAAGAAGGAAGAAGUUACAUGUUCAGGAUACAGUGGGAAACACACAGAUCUCUUAAUUCAAGUACCCUCUAUACCAGUAAGUUUUGGGAAUAGCUGUAGUGGAAAGGGUCUAAUACAGUCCCAAAGUUUGCCAAAAGGUAGUUCAUCCCCAGCAGGCUUCUUGCGAGGGCUAAGCUUCAAGAAAGCAACUGUACCUGAUGGUGAGAGAAGAUCUCUCCUCAACUCAGAACCCAAGAUUGCUCCUGAGGGCCCUAUACUUGUCAAUUCCAAUGCAGAAUUCUCUUGGAAAAGAUGUACUUCUCUUCCUGUUAAACCAACAUCCAAUUUGGGUCCUUCAGUUUCAACAUUUGGUACGACAAAGUCAUCUGGGGGACAGCAAAGUUCUUGUAAAGGGGAGAUCUCAAGGUCCUUGUCUGUACCAGUGCGGAAUGUUGUUAUUGUUAGAUCUUUAUCCUUUGCAACUUGUAAAGAACAUGUACAAGAAAAUGCAGACAAUGGUGAAAUAACUCCAGUUCAUACAGAAAACAAUGACGAAGAGAUUCUUGAAGAGGAAGCUGUUUGCAGGAUCUGUUUAAUUGAAUUGUGUGAAGGAGGAAAUACACUCAAGAUGGAAUGCAGUUGUAAAGGUGCUCUCAGGCUUACACAUGAGGAAUGUGCAUUGAAGUGGUUCUGCAUGAAAGGAAACAAGAACUGUGAUGUCUGUGGGCAAGAGGUUCUCAACUUACCAGUAACUUUAUUUAGGGUACCAAGCUCUGCUCAGAGGGACAAUAGAGAAAGGCGCAACAGAAGGAACUCAAAUACACAAUCUACAGGUGCCUGGAAGGACUUGGUGGUGCUUAUCUUGAUUAGCACAGUUUGUUACUUCUUCUUCCUUGAGCAACUACUGGUUCAUGACAUGAAAACCCAAGCAGUGGUGAUCGCGGGUCCAUUUUCUUUCACCCUAAGCCUUCUGGCAUCGAUUUUUGCAGUCAUCCUAGCAAUUAAGGAGUAUAUAUGGACAUAUGCUGCUCUUGAGUUUGUCCUUAUAGCUGUAUCUCUCCACCUAUUUUAUUCUGUGGCAAUGGUUACAGAGGCAGGCUGCAUAGUUCAGACUUUUCAGAAUCCCAGUACUAGAGUGCAGAGAUUAGUAACCAGAAUCGUCUAUUGAAUACUCCAGGUAGCAGAGCACUGAGUUCAGAUAUUUUCAUCUUUUUGUGUAAAACAAUUUCUGAUUGCUCUUAUAUUUGGACACACACAUGCACACAAACACAUUUUUCUUUCAUCCACCAAGUCCCAUCUCAAAACUUCACGUAGAACUCCAGCUUCCUUCAUUUUUGUUUUUCCCUCCACAAACCAGUGUUUUCAUCCUUUUGUGCAGGAUGAACUCUUAACCUGAUCAAAUUUGAUCACCUUCUACAACUAUUUAUUCAAAUGCUACCUACAAAAUUUCAUUGAAAAAUUCUAAGCUUAGACAUAUUUCUCUCAAUUCAGAACUUCUCAUAACUUUGAGACAAAAUCUGUACUUUUUGCAUUUAAUUCCUAAGGUCCUUUCUAACCUAACUGAUCUCUACUGUUAAUCCUAAAAUCAUCACUAAACCUUUUCUGACCCAUUAUUAGCCUCCUAUAUACAUCCUUGGGUCAUUAUAAGACCACAUUAAUUGGUAGCAAAAUAGGCAGUCCUACAUAAUUAUUUACUUACUGCAUUUUGCCCUUGAUGUGGUCUUAUUAUUUGCUCCAUCAAUUAGAUAACUUGGCUUUAGGUAUUCAAGUAAAUCCUUCUUUUACUAUAUCUAUUAUUUUCCUUCUGAUAUUUACUUAUUGCCUUGUGCAAGGGCAAAAGGCAGUGUAAUUAAUUUUCCUUCUAACUUUAUUUCUUAUAAGCACUAUUUCCUUCCUAUUGAGCUUUUGUGUUUUCCUUUUCUUUUGUUCCUAGUUCUAAUUGCAUUGUAGAGGUUCUCUCAUCCCUAAGAAUGAAGCAAUGAGUCAAGAAAUGGAAUCCAUUAUCAUAGAUAACACUUGGGAGCUGGUCAAUCUCCCUCCAAGGAAAAGUGCUAAUAGGUUCUAAGUGGGUAAAGUACAAUGUUGACAAGUGAAUACAAAGGUACAAGGCCUGAUUGGUUGGAAAAACCUAUGGGAUAGAUUACCGGGAGACUUUUGUUCUGAUGGUCAAAAUGAACUCCAAGUAAUGUCAUCUCUUGCUCGUUAUUUUUUUUUUUAUCAAACAAAUAACUUUUAUUAAAAACAUAGUAGUUAAGUACCCUUGGCUCUUUGUAUACCUUCCAAAGCUGCCAUAGUCUCAGUCCAAAGAGAAUCACCCUCUCCUAUUGGACCAGAAUAAAGGGCGAUUAUCUUUCCUUCCUCAUUCCUUAAAACUCCCCCAGUGCCAGAAGGCCCUAGGUUCCCAGCACUACUCCCAUCAAAAUUCAAAUUAAUAAAGCCACUGGGAGGAGGGGCCCAAACAUGUAAUGAAGGCACCACAAUUGGAGCUGACCUUGCAACCUCCUUCCAAUUUCUUAGCAGAUCAUCAGAUGAGAAGUCAUUAAACAGCUUCAAAGACUUCAGCCAGCCCACCACUCUAAUGUGAAUCACCUCCAAGACAGAUUGUAGACCUCUUUCCUUAUCUGAAAAGAUCCUUAAAUUCCUUUCUUCCCAUAUAGUAUAGCAUAUUGCAGCCUGUUGAAGUUUGACCUGCCAUAGAAUUCUGUC